AUUUCAUUUUCUUGCAGACACUCUUUAACCACAUGUGACCCACAAAACCCUUUGUUUUUUUGUCAACUUCUCAGAAAACUCUGUUAAAACCAAAGAAAAGAUCUUUUUCUUUUGUCACUCACUCAUCUUGUUGCUUCUAUCUCUCACUAGACUCACUAGACUCCAUAGCUAAAAGCUUCUACUACAUCUAUAGCUGUCUCCACGCGCUUAUAAUUACUUCCACAGUGGCAAAUCCACCUUCUCUCCUCUCAUGGCCACCACCGCAUCAACCAUCCUCCACCGUCCCUGACCACCACCACUCCUCUUCCUCUGCCGCCGUUGGAAUCAGUACACCAGACUACAUGCUAGGCCUAAGAAACGUCAUCCUCUUACCACCACCGUCGCAGAUUACUCACCCCUCGGUGGAAGCAGAUCACAACAAGCCAAGGAACAGUAAUGUUGAAGAAAAAGUGUGCAGAGACUGUGGAAACAGAGCUAAGAAAGAGUGUUUGUUCGAAAGGUGUAGAACUUGCUGCAAAAGCAGAGGAUACAACUGUGCCACUCACGUGAAGAGCACGUGGAUCCCUUCUUCUUCUUCUUCUCAGCAUCAUCACUCUUCUUCUUCCUCUUCCGACAGGUACAAAAAGAAGCUCAAAAUCGAUCCUUCCGACAAACCCAGUGUCUAUACCGUUCCGACAACCACUUCUCGCCGUCAAGAGACGAGAUUCAAAGAAGGGUUACCGGGAAAGAUCGAAGCUCCGGCGGUUUUCAAACGGACGAGAGUAACAGCGAUAAGCAACGAAGAACAAUCAGAGAUCGGCUAUCAAGCGACAGUAACCAUAAACGGUCAUGUCUUCAGAGGCUUUCUUCAUUACUAUGGUGUUGAUCACAACAAAGCGUUUCCAUGUCUUUCUAAAAAGUAGGAUCUAAUGUUACUAGACUAGAGAGUCUGCUCUGUUUCGAACGUUACACAUUGUCUUUUAUUAUUAUUAGUAUUACUAGAUGAUGUUAUUGUGUUAGUAUGUGAGGUUGUUACCGGGGUCAACACCAAACUGACGAUUAUAGUAACGAACCCUAGCUUCAACGGUGGCUCUGUUGGCUCCAUCACACUCCAAAGCACAGUUGAUGGCGCGGAUUGUUGCACCAAAGCCUUGAGGAAGAACGAGUUGGACUCUGUUGGUCCAGUACCGCCUUGUUGUGCGUUGAGGCCGUAGAAACAGAUAGCUGUUCCUGCUGGCCCGUAGUUGAAGUUCCAUGAAGCCGAAGUAGCCUUUGGUUGGAAUGCAUUCCUAGAAUGCAUGGAUAUUAUGUUGUUGCAGUAAGGAUCCAUCUAUUUCUUCUAUGUAGCAGAAAUCUGAAACAAACCAAAAAGUAUUAUGUUUAA